CUGGUAACCAUAUUCUAAAUUAAUUAAAUAAAACCACUUAAUCCACUGAAAGAUAUAUUUGAAAAAUAAUAUUAAGAGGAGUGAUGCCCAUUGUUAGGCAAGGUAGCUAGAGUGAUGAUGUCAUGUCCUCCAUUGUGACACGUCCCCUGCUGAGUGACUUGGCUGAGAACUUUGGGCAGACCAACUAUUUGAAUUUAAUGAUUGUAUUUGGUGAGAGUGUAUUUCUGGAGAUAAUGAAGGUUCAGUCGUCCCGCUUGUAAGUAGAAUCUCUUAUUCUUCCCCCUAUUUCUUUAGCUAUCCCUUAAGAUUUAGACACAUAGGGAGCCAGGUCAUGGUUAGAUUAAUUUUUAAAGAUUGUCCUCAGGGCCCCCUUAGAUGCUUUCAAGGAAAUAGCUGGGAGUGCAGGGAUAGAGAGUAUCGAGGAAAUAAUCCGUUUCGUGACCUUCUUUCUUUUCUUUCCUAGAUCUCGCUGUCUGUGCAGAUUGCGAGAACUGCUGGCCUCCUGUUGCCGUGCCACCAAAAUCCAUCCCCUGGACCAUUUGGAGGAGGAUACAGUAAUGGUUGAUCGCAGAAAGAUUAGAAUUCAUACGAUUUAUGUGAGACCGAGGGACCAGGGGAUGGAUGCCACCAGUGAUUCCACCAGUGGUGAGUGUUGAUCUUUGUUCACGAAGAACAGGGAGGCCAGAGAGAAUCUGGCUGGCUGGGGGGCGGGGAGGCAGCUCCCUGAUUUAAGAAGAGUUUAGGGAUUGGAUGAGGAAGGGAGAAUAAUGUGGGCCACUUGGAGAUCCUUGCAGUAAUAAUCAAUGGAAAUAUUAAGAAUCUUUUCUGUUCUUUUCUCUUCCAGGCAGCGGCAACAGUGAGGCCAGCAGCUCAAGCUGAGCUCCCCCACCAAGGCCCAGUUCCCCCUUCCCCAAUUAAAUACCUUUUCAAUUAAAUACCUUCUAAUAAAGGUUUUAUUACAAAUA